AUGGAACUGGAUAUGCUCACCCAAUGUUAUUGCUCGGAUUCAUUGGCGAAAUCAGCGAAUCUUUUGGCGCCAAGUUUGACAUGUCAAAGAAUCAAUGAAUCAGAGGAUAGUAUCAAUCAGUUCAAUAAUUUCAAAAAAAUCAUGGAAUGUCAGGAAAGGGCAUCGAGAAGAAGAUUGAAGACAACGUGGUCGCCAUCGCAAAUAUUGACUGAACUUCGCAGAAUACAUUUUAAUUUUAUGAUGAAAUAA